CAGAAUUGUAUCGUUUGUGUGUCAGUCGAGGGCUUCUGCAAUAUCUUCAACCUGUCCUCCGAUUCCACUCCCAAACCAAACACCACUCUUAAGACAAACCUCUCCUCGAAGUCGAACGCUAUCAUCGAUUCAGACGAGAAGUAUGUGCCGAGAGUUUUGACCCCAUUUUACACACAAAGACUUCCGGCCAACGCAAAGGUCGCAUGUCUUGCGGACAUCGAUAAUGACGGACAGAAUGAGUUCAUCGUCGGUCUGACAGAUCGUGUGGUGAGGACUUACCGAUGCGUUCAGAUCAGUGACAAAAUCAAAUUAGUAGGCAUUCAUAAGUGGGAAUUCAUCGAUCAAAUCGGCACUCUGUCCCUAAAUCCAGUGCCGAUUCGCACCACUGAUGACAACGAUUAUGGUUACGGGCUCAAGACGUAUAACAUAUUAGUGGCACAACCAGGGGGUACUUACGCUAAGCUUGAAUGUUGGAAUAAAAGGCUGACCAUCACCAGCGAUGACCAGUUGGACAGUUCGCAAACGGUGUCCAAAUUGAUGCCCGAAUACUACGAGCUAUCGAUCUCUCAGAUGAGAAAUCCUAGCAUUAGUACAGAGAUACUCGGAGGAAUUAAAGGCCGGACCAGAUCUGGCGAUAAAUCAGAUUUAUUAAUAGCGUUGGCGACCCUCGACGGAACUCUUAUGUUAGUCGACGGCUCCGACAUUCUGUGGUCAAUACAAGUGGAUCACCAGUUGUUCUCAUUAUCCAAACUCAACAUAACCUCCGAUGACAACGAGGAGAUAAUAGCGUGUUCUUGGGAUGGACUCACUUAUAUCGUGGACCACAACAAAGAGUCGCUUCGUUUCAAGUUUGAAGAGCCGGUGUCUGCGUUCGUGUCGGGCGAGUACACCAUAGACCCGGAGCAGCCAAACGUCAAGUGUCUGGUUUACGCCACUUUCAAUAACACCAUCUGUUUGUACUUCAAUGUGGACAUCGAUCGUAUCAAAUCCAGUGACUUCUGCGAAACCAUCCAAAACACACCCGAUUUGGUCCAAGACGUCAGACAACUCAUGAGUCGAUUAGAACUUCCAAACGAUGACAUGUCGUCCAUUCAAUCCGUUUGUUCUGAUAUUCUCUUUAGUUUACCAUAA